AAAAACGGGGGGAAUCAGUUCUGAACCGACAAGGCGGUUAAUGUAACUAUAGCAAAACAUCAUUUAUUAAGCUUUCGUGCCUUGCUAAAGCCGUUUCUGUUCAAGUAGCAGUUAAGUUUGGCUUAGUUCAUUUUAGCUUAGUAGCUAAGCUACUAACGGAAGGCAUUUGCUAGCUUCACGUCGUCACGCUACUGAAGAGUAGUGGGUUGGAAAGGAUGCGCGUUUAUUGUGUGAAAUGAGUGAAAAUGGUGAAGGAAGAAGACUUCGAGGAGGACGUUUGUGGAGUAAAAGAGAAGGAAUCUUCACGUCAAGGCCUCAGCGACGACGACGCGCACACAGCAGAAUAUCGUCAUUAUGAACAGGCGGAGCCAGAGUGUCCAUAUGUUAACGAGGAGCCAUUGUCGUCCCUCGUAAAGGAGGAAGAGCAGGAGUCUGACAUCACCCACUUUCCCUUGACUGUCACUGUAAAAAUUGAAGAAGAUGAUGGCGACCAACAAGCGCAAGGCCUCAUAGCACCACUCUCGGAUAGCGACGACGUCACAUCGCACUCUUCUGACGACGACGACGAACGCUGGCAGUGUUCCGGGUGCGAUAAAACAUUUGUCAACAAGUCGUCGUUGAAAAGACACACGAGAGUUCACACGGGGCAAAAAUCUCACGUCUGUUCAUUUUGCGCUAAAAGAUUCUCCAGGAAGGAAACUUUAACCAAUCACGUGAGAACGCACACCGGCGAGAAGCCAUUUUCCUGUUCGGUUUGCGGGAAAAAAUUCGUCAUGAAGGGGAAUUUGACAGUACACGCGAGAACGCACACCGGAGAGAAACCUUUCGCCUGCUCGCUUUGCGAGAAACGCUUCGCCCAGAAGGGGCAGUUGCGAGCGCACGCGAGAACGCACACCGGAGAGAAACCUUUCGCCUGCUCGCUUUGCGAGAAACGCUUCGCCCAGAAGGGGCAAUUGCGAGCGCACGCGAGAAGUCACACGGGAGAGAAACCUUUUGCCUGCUCGUCCUGCGACUUCACCUGCGGCCACAUGAGAACGCACGCCGGGGAGAAACUGUUUCCCUGCCGCGUUUGCGGCAAAAGGUUCCGCCGGAACAGUCAUUUGACCGCACACUUGAGGACUCACACCGGAGAGAAACCGUUUACCUGCUCUGAAUGCGGUCAGAGUUUCUCUCAGAAGGGGUGUUUAAAAGGGCACAUCAGAACGCACACUGGGGAGAAACCUUGCGCUUGUUCAAUUUGCGGGAGAAGAUUCGCCAGAAAGGCAGAGUUGAGAGCUCACACCAGAACCCACACCGGGGAGAAACCUUUUGCCUGCUCAGUCUGCAACCUGGCUUUCAGUCACCACUCAGGAUUGAGUAGGCACCGCGUGAGAGCGCACGAAAGGGAGAAAUCGUUUUCGUGCUCCGUCUGCGGCAAAGGUUUCUCACAAAAGGCCACUGUGACGGCACACAUGAGGACGCACACAGGUGAGAAACCUUUCAGUUGUAGCGCGUGUGAGAAAAGAUUCCCCCAUAAGUAUCAGAUUAGGCAACACAAGUGUUCUGGCGAGAAGAACAGGGGUUAGUGAAGCUUAUUAAGCCAUAUGUAGAAAGCUGUAAAAGUAUGCAAUUGGUCCUUAAUAAAUAUCAUCAAAAAGAAAAGAUUGUGUUCAGUUUCUAAUUUGAGGAGCUUUUAUGCAGUACGUUCCUUUUUUUCCUUUAAUGUAUCUGUAUGGACUUCAAUGGGCUU